UCCAAAUAUUUUACAUUUUUUGAUUAUAUAAUUUUCGCUAUUAUGUUAUUCAUAUCAGCAUUAAUUGGAGUGUAUUUCGCAUUUUUUGCAAAAACUAAACAAAAUACAACAAAAGAGUAUUUAAUGGGUGGUAAAACAAUGGGAAUUUUUCCAGUUUCAAUGUCAUUAAUAGCCAGUUAUAUUUCCGGAAUUACAAUAUUGGGUGUACCAGCUGAAAUGUACGUUUAUGGUACACAAUUAUGGAUACAAAUUCUACCAGAAAUUUUUUCAACACUUACUAUGUCAUACUUUUUUUUACCAGUAUUUUAUGAAUUACAAAUUACGUCCACAUACGAGUAUUUGAAAUUAAGAUUUAAUUCGAGAGUACGAUUAUUUGGUUCAAUAAUUUUUGUUGUAAAAAUAUUAUUAUAUAUUCCAAUUGUUAUAUAUGUACCAGCUUUAGCCUUUAGUCAAGUGACUGGAUUUAAUUUACACUUAAUUACACCAAUUACCUGUAUAAUUUGUAUAUUUUAUACAACCUUGGGUGGAAUGAAAGCUGUUGUUUGGACGGAUACAAUACAAGUACUGGUAAUGUACGGUGCGAGUCUUGUGGUUAUGGUUUUAGGAACGAUUAAAGUUGGUGGUUUUGGAACAGUUAUUGAACGGAAUCAGCAAUCUGACCGUCUUGAAUUCUUUAAUUUUGAUUUGGAUCCUACUGUUCGGCAUACAUUUUGGACUGUUUGUAUUGGGAGUUUUGUAAGUUGGCUAUCAUAUUGUUCGGUAAAUCAAGCAAUGGUUCAACGAUGCUUAUCAAUGCCCACAUUAAAAAUGGCCAAUAAAACAGCAUUGAUAUUAGCAUUUGGUAUUAUUGCAAUUGUGUCUAUGUCAUGCUAUACGGGCUUAGUGAUUUAUGCAUUAUUUUAUGACUGCGAUCCAAUUACUACAAAACAAAUUAAAAAGCCAGAUCAAUUAUUACCAUACUUUGUGAUGAAUAUUGCUGAAUGGAUACCUGGAUUACCUGGUCUAUUUUUAAGCGGUGUUUUUAGUGCAGCUCUUAGUACAAUGUCCACGGGUAUGAAUUCUGUGGCAGGAGUCAUAUUUGAAGAUAUGAUUAAGCCGAAUUUAAGUAAAAAUGUUACUGAAAAGACAGCUAGUACUAUUAUGAAAAUAAUUGUUGUAAUAUUUGGUACAAUAUGUGUUGGUUUAGUAUUUGUGGUCGAAAAAAUGGGUACUUUAACACAAGCAGCAAAAAGUAUGAGCUCGAUUACAGCUGGACCAUUACUUGGAAUAUUUAUAUUAGGAAUGUUUUUCCCUUGGGCAAAUUCUACAGGUGCAUUUAUUGGUGGUGUUUUUGGUCUAUGUUUAACAGCAUGGAUUUCUAUAGGCACACAAGCUGCUAUGGCCAUGGGCUCGAUACGUAACAUUCCCAAACCAGUAUCAAUUGAUGGAUGUAUUGAGAAUUUAUAUAUGCAAUUUAAUACAACCUCCCCCAUAAUAGAGCAAUUAAAUCCACCCUUCUUCUUGUAUCGCGUAUCAUACUUGUAUUACGUAGUAAUAGGAAUGUUGUUUACAAUUUCAACUGGUUUAUUUAUAAGCUUUUUAACUGGCUUUAAUGAUAUACAUAAAAUGGAAAAAUCAUUAUUCAGCCCAAUUAUUCGCAGUUGUAUACUUACAAAAAAAUCUGAUGAUGGUUCGUUGGCUAUGAAAAAAGUUACAAUUAAUUCUACAAAGCAUGAAUCUACAACAACGGAUAAUGAUAAAGUUGAAAAAAUUAAAUCGUAG